UUCACUUUAUGACUAUUUUUAGCCCCUCCAUCCUUUUGGGGACUUUAUAUCAAUCAACAUAUGAUUAGAAGUGUUUUUUUUAGUGGGAUAUUCUGAUGCUUGUAUCCAAUUGAGGGCAUUAGCAAUCAAUGGCCCUAGAUUUCAUUUGCAACAAGCAAAUAGAAGAAGGUAAAAUGGUUGAUGAUGAACAUGAAGGCGGCAAUCUCUCUCGUGGUUUUGAGUGUAACAUUUGCCUAGAUCUUGCACAUGAUCCAGUGGUUACCUACUGUGGUCACUUGUAUUGUUGGCCUUGUAUCUACAAAUGGAUUCACUUACAUAGCAUCCAUUGUGAAAAUCCAGCUCAACGCCACCCACAAUGCCCGGUUUGCAAGGCUGAUGUUUCACAAACAACCAUGGUUCCACUCUAUGGCCGCGACCAAGCUACAAAAACAUCUCAAGAUGAUGGUAUGGCCAUACCAGAAAGGCCUCAACAGUUCCAUCAUCGGUCUAAUACAAGCACGAUUGGUGAAACAGCUCAUGCAGAACGCGUUUAUGGGAACUCAUUUGUUCCAUAUCCAAACGCGCAUCAUCUAGCAGGGACCGCUAGUUUGAGAAUGAGAAGGCAACAACUGCAAGCUGAUGAUGAAUCACUUCGCAGAGUACAUUUUUUUCUCUUCUGUUGUGUAGUGUUGUGUCUUAUCUUGUUAUGAUAACAAACUUUUUCCCUUGCUGUAACUUUGUAAGAAAUAUGAAUAAUGUACUACACCAAUUUGGCUCAAUGUCAUAUGUUACAAAAACUAUUUGUAUCUGGAUCUUCAAUAAGAAACCAAUGGAAGACAAUACUCAUCACUUGUAAUAUAA